AUGUGGACCAGUCUAUUUCUUCAGCUGGUUUUUCACACAGCUGUCCUCUCCUCGACCCCUAAGCCCAAUAAUGUCACCUUCACAUCUAAAAAUUUUAGAAAUAUCCUGAACUGGUUUCCAGGUUAUGGCGCUCCAGCUGACACUAAGUACAGCGUCCGUUAUGCAAUUUAUGGGGACAGUGUGAACAACAGAGUUCACUGGAGGCCUGUCCCACUCUGCUCCAAGAUCUUCAGGACGUGGUGUGACCUGAGUGUGGAAACAUCAGACCCAGAGCAUGGGUACUUCGCCAGAGUCCGAGCCGUUGCUGGAAAAGGCACUUCAAAAUGGGUGGAGACGCCCAGACGAUUUGACCCCAUGAUUGACACUGAAUUUGGUCCCCCGCAUAUUUCUUUAGAACUGGAUGAGAAAUAUGUACAUAUUAAAAUUGAAGGUCCAAUGAAAUACCGUUCGCUCAACCAGACCCCACAAGUUUCCAUGGCAACGCUGUUCCCCCACAUGGUCUAUACCCUCACUAUCCUCAACACUCGCCGUGGAAUCACUCAUCACUUAAUACUGACCGAGGAAAAAUACAAAUAUCGCUUUGUGGAUUAUGGGACAAAAUACUGUUUCUCUGCUAAAACUAAACUAGAGGACCGGUAUAUGUCAGACAAACAUCAGUCUUCUGCACAGCACUGCAUCCUCACACCUGAAGUUGAGCUCCUUGACCGACUGGAAAGAAUAGUUAUAAUCUGUACAACAGUCCCAGUGCUGUUGCUGUGUUUGCUGGUAGCAGGGGGCUACAUCCUUCACAGAUAUUUGUCAGGAAAAGACCAGAAGACCCCUUACAUCCUGGUGGAGACACUGAAGUGCUCUGUCUUUGGAUUUGAUCAUCCAUCAGUUCCUCGAAAUUCACCAAUUUUCCUGCCUGCGCCUUUGCCAACAAUAUCUGAAGAUGUCAUCAGUAUUGCCUUCGUUGGCGUUGAGGUGUCAGAGAAGUUAUAUCCCAAAUAUUUGUCAAAUUCACUUUCAGCCAAUGCCAGCCCUGUGCCUCCACCCCUUGUUGACGUCAGUGACAAAGAAUCGGUCGACUACGGGUUUAUGGCGCUGUGUCCUGAUCACGGUGCGCUGGUCCUCGUCCUCCUCUCUCCCAUCACUGGGCGGGACUCACUGCCGAUGCUUAGGGCACUUCCGCCGGGGUUUCGGGUUUCCAUCGGAGUCGGCACUUAA